UUUCCACCGAAAAUUCCUGGAAACGGUAGCGUCAGUAUUACGAAUGGGACAACAUAUGAAUCUGUUGUAACAUUUGCUUGCAAUACUGGGUUUGAUUUAAAGGGCAAAAACAGUGUCUUUUGCAUGGCUAAUAGUUCAUGGGAUGUGCCGUCACCUAGCUGCAUUAUUAGAGACUGCGGUGACUUACCGACUCCAGAAAACGGAAUGAUCACCUAUUCCAGAAAUCUGACAACGUACGGGUCCAGUGCUACAUACACUUGCCAACCUGGGUAUAAGGUAAAUGGUUCAGAUAUAAAACAGUGUGAAGCAUCAGGAAAUUGGAGCGGCAACACCACACAUUGUGAAAUAAAAAAUUGCGGGAACCUGAGCCAUCUACACAAUGGAAGAGUUAACAUGUCGAAUGGCACAACAUACCAGUCAGUAGGAAAGUACAAAUGUAACACCGGUUACACGUUAAAUGGAGACAACAGUACUACAUGUACAGAAACAGGACAUUGGAAGAAUCAUAGCGUGGAAUGCAAAAUAAAUGAUUGUGGUUCUCCAGUCCAGCCUGGUAACGGUAGCGUUGACACACCAAAAGGAACAACUUUCGAGUCUGUUGUAACAUUUUCUUGCAACACUGGUUACGAUUUGGAAGGCGAAAGACAUGCCAUUUGUCAAGCUAGUAGUUCUUGGAAUAUAACAUCGCCUACAUGCAGUAUAAAAGACUGUGGAAAACCAAACCAAACAACCAAUGGAAAGUACUCGCUAGAUGCAAGACAGUUGACGGUUUUCAAUCAUACUGUAACCUACAAAUGCAAUUCCGGCUUCGAAACAGCUGAUGUCACGUUAAUUACAUGUAAUUCAUCUGGAAAAUGGAGUAGUCUGCCACCGAAGUGCAAUGAUAUUGACGAAUGUGAUCGAUAUACAGCAAGGUGCCAUAGGCGUGCACAGUGCACGAACACCAAUGGGUCAUACAAGUGCAAGUGCGAUGAUGGCUUUGAUGAUAUCUCUAAGAAUGGGGAAGUAGGAAUUGAAUGUCAAGAUAUCAACGAAUGUGCCAACGACAAGACAAACCCCUGUAACAAGAAAGGAUCCCAGUGUAUUAACUAUCCCGGAGGGUUUCUGUGUCUAUGUGACGACGGCUGGACUGACAAAAACUGCAGUACAGAUAUAAAUGAAUGCUUGGAUAAUACCACUUGUGGUGUUCUAGCUUCUUGUGAAAACUAUGAUGGAGGCUACAACUGCACAUGCGAUCCUAAAUUCCCUAAAGGAGAUCCGAAAAUACAUUGUUACGAAAAUGUCAUUAUACACCUGGAGACGGUUGUAACUCGCUUCAGAGGAGAAGAUCAACUGAUAGACGCAAAACCUAUUCAUAACAGAUUUCCAUACUUCGGAGUGGAAUACAACUCUUACAGGGUAUUUUCUUCGGAACUUCCUGAAUAUACGUAGCAGCAUUUCUUAGUU